UCAGCAGUAAGAGAAGUAUUAUCACUUCGAGAGGUCACUGGUUGAAAGAUAAGAAGAAUGUAUUGAAUCAAUACUAUUUUCUCGUAGAACAAUUUUAAUGUUUGUCGUUAAACGUUGGUGCUUGUGUUUUUGGUGAUUGAUGUAGAGGAGUUUUUUGUGCUGAAAGUUAUGGAUUAAAUUUAAAAACAUAGAAAAAAUCUUCACAUCGCCAAUUAUGACAAAACGAAAGCAAUGCACACAACUCUGUCUAUUAAUAGGAGGAAUUACAUUUAUUAGUUUUGGAUUAUUAAUAUCUGUUUAUAUUGAAUAUAUUUAUGAACUGCUGCUCAAUCAGGCUUUGAAAUUUACCCCAGAUUCAGAGGCAUUUAAGGCAUGGAAAAUUAAUGAACCGCCUUUAGAUUUAAAUCUGUAUCUUUUUAACUGGACAAAUCCAGAUGACAUUACAGAUCCUACCGUUAAGCCACAUUUUGAAGAAGUAGGACCUUAUAGUGUAAAAGAAGUCAAAGAAAAAACUAAUCUCACAUGGCAUGACAACAGUACAAUUAGUUAUCGAUUUAGAAAGUUUUAUUACUAUGAUUCAAAAAGUAGUCCAAGAAAAAUGGAAGAUGAUAAUAUUACAACAAUUAAUACAGUCCCAUUGACGAUAGGUUUCAAGGCAAAGAAUUUUAGUUUCUUCUUGAAAAGAUUGAUAUCGAUGUCACUGUCGAGCAUUUCCAAAUUGUAUGUUAGAAAAACAGCCAAGGAAAUACUUUUUGAUGGAUAUGAAGAAGGUAUUCUUAGUGUUUUAAGUAGCUUGCCUUUAGUCGAUGUCCAGAACAAAUUCGGAAUUUUUUAUGGGAGGAAUGGAACAAUAGAUAAUAACUCAAUAAUGAGUAUGUAUACCAAAAACGACGAAAACUUUGGACAGCAACUGACGUGGAACUAUAAGAAUCACACAGACUUUUAUCGCGGACAUUGUAAUGAUGUCAGGGGAUCAGCCGGUGAAUUCUAUCCUCUGAAUAUUAAGAAAACAAAGAUAGUAUUAUACUCUGCCGAAUUAUGUAAAUACGCAGAAUUAGAAUUUGUAAGAGAAGAAGAGAUAAAAGGUGUAAUGGGGUACCGAUUUACAGCAGAUAAUAUAUUUGAUAACGGAACCCUACGACCAGAAAAUCGCUGCUUUUGUGGAGACGAAUGUAUCCCGUCAGGAGUACUGGAUAUCAGCGUAUGCAGACAAAACUCACCUACUUAUCUUUCGUUUCCCCAUUUCCAUGCUGCCGAUUCAUACUACACCGAUCCAAUUGACGGCAUGAGGCCUAACAAGAGCAAGCACGAAUUUUAUAUGGUGAUAGAACCGAAUUCCGGCAUCAUUAUGGAACUUUCUGCAAAUAUGCAACUGAAUAUGUUGCUUCAGCCUAUACAAGGACUUAGUUUAUAUAGAAAUAUGCCAAAGAUUUACAUGCCAAUAUUCUAUUUUAGUCAAACAGUUGAACUGAACGACGAUUUAGCUAUUAAACUAAGAGUAAUUCAAGGAUUACCGGACUAUUUACGAUAUUCUUCAUUCUUUUUAAUUGUAAUAGGAAUAUUCCUAACCAUUUGGGCUGCAUGUUUAAUGUUUAAUUUUUGUUUGCCUUCUGAUAUUAUUAAAAAAGACUUUCCAGAAGAAAUUCCUUUAAAUGAAAAGAUAGUAAAGAUGUGACAAAAAUAUUUAGAUAAUAUUUUUAUACUAAUUUUGUAAAUAAAUCGACUUUUUGUACUA